AUGAUGCUCUGGGACGCAAUCCUUCAGAGUGACAUCAAGAGCUUCUCCCAAGUGGAGGAGAAGCUAAUGUGCAGCACUUUGGCAGAGUGCAAAAGUCUGGCUGUGCGUCUGCAUAUCUGGGCACCGGCCCUCCGUGAGUCGGGUGCGGCCUUCACAUUGAGCGACUUCCUGGCUUUGGCGAUGCCGCCACUGCUCAGCGCGGCCGGGGAUGUCCUGGCAGAGGGCGUGGAGGUGCUGACACAGGGCCUGAUAGUUCCACUGGACACGCCCUUGUUCUGGCUGGCCCUACACGCCAGCUAUCUGGACCACUUUGUGCAUCUGAUUGCCAGGGUGCCGGACAGCUUUCUGAAACCCCAGGAAAGCUCCUAG